AUGCAUGAAACUAAGUAUAGGCCACGCACAUUUCUCCAUCAUGGGGUACUUGAUGACAUCGCUAGGUUUCUGCCGUCACAGCCAUUGGCCUUCCUCAUAGCGUCCCCCACUAUCAGGCAGGUGGUCGAGCACAUCCAUUGUGAAUCGUUGCUCAUGAGUGCAGUGGCGCUCUGUGGAGGAAAGAAGCCCCGUGAGUGGGAGGAAUGGUCGCUGCAGAAUGGUGCCUGGUGUGGUCACGUGUCGAAUCUGAAGUGCACACUAUGGUGGAUCCGGCGUCUGGCAAAUGCUAACAAAGGCAAACUAGCAGCUCUCUCCUUCGCGUGGCGCAGCUUUAUUGCGGAUCUUACCGACGUUAAGGAUUUGAGUGGUCUUCGCUGGCUAUUCUUGCCAGAGGCCAGUGUGCUUAAUAAAACCCUCAAUCCCCUUGCCUCUUGUGUUACCUUAGAACGUCUGUGGCUGCGCUCCUGUCGCGGUCUUACAAGGGUGGAGUCGCUGUGUCAUUUGCAUUCCCUCAAGAGUCUCGAUUUGUCGAUGACUGGAAUGACGGACGACGGCCUGUGUGCCCUCGCAGCGUGUCGCGCGCUGGAGGAGGUGGAUCUCUCGGGGUGCGCCUUCAUCUGCGCCAUCCCCUUCUUAAAGGGCAUGGAGCACCUCCGCGUUGUGAAGGUGCGCGACUCCGGUGUGACGGAUCGCGCGAUUUCUGUGCUCAGCACUGCUGCGGGGCUGCUCCACCUGGACAUUUCGGGGUGUAUUCUCGUGACUUCUCUGAACCCGCUCCGUGAGUUGAAGAAUCUGCAAUGGCUCAACGCAACCUGGUGUGGGGUGCGCGAUGAGAGCAUCGAAGGUAUCUCGUGCUGCAGUGCCUUGGAGUAUUUAAACGUCUCUCGCUGCUGGGACAUCCACAAUGUCAACGCUCUGGGCGCCCUGCAGAGGCUACAGGUGCUUGACCUUCGUGGUACGAACGUUGAUGAUGAUGGCAUUGUUGGUCUUUCGCGUUGCGAAUCACUGAGUAUUCUGCACCUUGGUGGGUGUUUCUACAUAUUUUCCGUCGCUGCACUAGCAGUGAUGUCAAAUCUAAAGGAACUAGACUUGAGCCAUACUUCCGUGGCAGAGGAGAGUUUGUCAUUGCUGCCAAGCUGGGUGCAUCUUGUUAAGAAGCCUAGUCGGAUCAUCUCACGCAACACCUCCUUGAUGUGUCUCGAGACUAGGCGGGUAUCUCACCAUUGA